AUGUUUCAAGUCAACAACUCUUACUAUCAGAAGGGAUACUACUUGACCGACGACAUCUACCCCAAUUGGCCUAUGUUUGUGAAGAGUCCUACACAUCCUACAGACGAGAAGAGCAAGAGAUUCAAGGUGAUGCAGGAAGCUGCUCGCAAGGAUAUUGAACGAGCAUUCGAUGUUCUUCAAUCUCGGUGGGCUAUCAUAAAAGGACCAGCGCGUCUUUGGAGCAAGGCGGAGUUGAGUGAUAUCAUGUUCACGUGCAUCAUUUUGCACAAUAUGAUCGUCCAAGACGAAGGUGAACAUGGUACAGAAUGGGCAGACGAGGGCAAUGACGACGCUUCGAGUAGCUAUGCCGCAGCUCGUCCACGCACAGGGGCUCCGCUGGAGUUUCGCCAAUAUGUGGCACGACAAGCAUCCAUGCGAGACGCGGAGAUGCAUGCUCGCCUCACUUUGGACUUGAAGGAGUACAUUUGGUCUCGAUUUGGUCCGAUUAAGCACUAG